AUGGGCCACCCAGGCAUGCCACAUUAUCCGCCCAUGGGAAUGCACCCCAUGGGUCAAAGACCACCUAAUAUGCCACCAGUUCCGCAUGGUAUGAUGCCUCAGAUGAUGCCUCCGAUGGGAGGACCACCAAUGGGGCAGAUGCCUGGAAUGAUGCAGUCAGUAAUGCCUGGAAUGAUGAUGUCUCACAUGUCCCAAGCUGCUAUGCAGCCUACGGUUCCGCCAGGAGUGAACAGUAUGGAUGCGCAAGUAGCCGUAGCACCACCUGGAACUCAGAACUCUGUUUUGUUUCGCCCUCAGACAACGCAUCCCGUAGUUUGUGCAGCCCAGCAAACCACCACCACCACCAACAGUUCUGUUAAUGAGGAGCAUUCUAAACAGAAGUCUACGUGGACAGAGCACAAAUCACCUGAUGGAAGAACAUACUACUACAACACUGAAACAAAGCAGUCCACGUGGGAGAAGCCAGAUGAUCUCAAAACACCUGCUGAGCAAUUGUUGUCUAAGUGUCCCUGGAAAGAGUACAAAUCUGAUUCUGGAAAGCCCUACUAUUAUAAUUCCCAAACAAAGGAAUCACGCUGGGCAAAGCCCAAAGAACUUGAGGAUCUUGAAGCAAUGAUUAAAGCUGAAGAAAACAGCAGCAAGCCCGAAGAAUCCACUCCAACAACGGCUACUUCAGCAGCUGCAGCAGAAGCAACAAACACAACCACCACAGCCACAGCUGCUGCUGAAACUGCCGCGGCUGUUACCUCUACCGCUGCUACUACUGCAGCAACAGCAGCCUCCGAAGCAGAAGCUACUGCAGCUUCUUCUGUGGCAGAAAAUGAAAGUACUGUCACAGGCACAUCUGAGGACCAGGGACAGCAAGCGACUGCUGCAUCUGCUGGGCAGGAGCAGAGUGCGGAAACUACAGCUAAUGCAGUAGAGGACUCCUCCAAGCAGGAGGCUUCAGGAGACGGUGCUUCAAAGAAAGAGGAGGAGGAUGCCCAACCAGUUAAAAAAACCUAUACGUGGAAUACAAAGGAAGAAGCAAAGCAAGCGUUUAAAGAACUAUUAAAAGAAAAGCGAGUACCGUCCAAUGCUUCAUGGGAGCAAGCUAUGAAAAUGAUCAUUAAUGAUCCUAGAUACAGUGCUUUGGCAAAGUUAAGUGAAAAAAAGCAAGCCUUUAACGCUUACAAAGUUCAAACAGAGAAAGAAGAAAAAGAAGAAGCAAGAUCAAAAUAUAAAGAAGCUAAAGAAUCCUUCCAGCGUUUUCUUGAAAACCAUGAAAAGAUGACAUCCACAACAAGAUACAAAAAAGCUGAACAAAUGUUUGGGGAGAUGGAAGUCUGGAAUGCCAUCUCUGAGCGUGAUCGUCUGGAAAUUUAUGAAGAUGUCUUGUUUUUUCUGUCUAAGAAAGAGAAGGAACAAGCCAAGCAGUUACGAAAGAGGAACUGGGAAGCUUUGAAGAACAUAUUAGAUAACAUGGCUAAUGUCACUUACUGUACAACUUGGUCAGAGGCUCAGCAGUAUCUGAUGGACAAUCCUACCUUUGCAGAAGAUGAGGAACUUCAGAAUAUGGAUAAGGAGGAUGCACUGAUCUGUUUUGAGGAACACAUCAGGGCAUUAGAGAAAGAGGAGGAGGAAGAAAAGCAGAAAAGUUUGCUUAGAGAAAGAAGGCGACAGCGUAAAAAUAGAGAGUCUUUUCAGAUAUUUUUAGAUGAAUUGCAUGAACAUGGACAGUUGCAUUCAAUGUCCUCUUGGAUGGAGUUGUACCCAACCAUAAGCUCUGACAUCAGAUUCACUAAUAUGCUUGGUCAGCCUGUUUUUUCAUCAGGAUCAACAGCGCUUGAUCUUUUCAAGUUCUAUGUUGAAGACUUGAAAGCACGUUACCAUGAUGAAAAGAAGAUAAUAAAAGAUAUCUUAAAGGAUAAAGGAUUUGUGGUUGAAGUGAAUACUUCUUUUGAAGAUUUUGUUACGGUCAUCAGUUCAACUAAAAGAGCUACUACUUUAGAUGCAGGAAAUAUCAAACUGGCUUUCAAUAGUCUGCUGGAAAAGGCAGAAGCCCGUGAAAGAGAGAGGGAAAAAGAAGAAGCCCGCAAAAUGAAGCGGAAAGAGUCCGCGUUCAAGAGUAUGUUGAAACAAGCUACACCUCCAAUUGAAUUGGAUGCUGUCUGGGAAGAUAUCAGGGAUAGAUUUGUGAAGGAACCAGCAUUUGAAGACAUCACUCUAGAGUCUGAAAGAAAAAGGAUAUUUAAAGAUUUCAUGCAUGUCCUAGAGCAUGAGUGUCAGCAUCAUCAUUCAAAGAAUAAGAAACAUUCUAAAAAGUCUAAAAAGCAUCACAGGAAGCGAUCUCGCUCUCGUUCGGGCACGGAGUCUGAGGAUGAUGAUAGCCAUUCAAAGAAGAAAAGGCAGCGUUCAGAAUCUAGAUCACUUUCUGAUCGUUCUUCCAGUGCGGAAUCUGAGAGAAGUUACAAGAAGUCAAAAAAACACAAGAAGAAGAGCAAGAAGAGAAGACAUAAGUCAGAUUCACCAGAAUCAGAUAUUGAACGAGAAAAAGACAAAAAAGAUAGAGAGAGAGAGAGUGAGAAGGAUAGAGCUAGACAAAGAUCUGAAUCAAAACAUAAAUCUCCUACUAAAAAAAGACCUGGAAAAGAUUCUGGUAACUGGGAUACCUCUGGCAGUGAACUGAGUGAAGGGGAGUUGGAAAAACAGAGGAGGACGCUUUUGGAACAACUGGAUGAAGAUCAAUGAGAACAUUAUUUAUACCAAAUAUGUUUACAUUGUGGCAUAAUAAAAGAAACCAAUGUCUAAUUCAGGACAUGGGUUCUGAUAUCCCGAGUUCCAUUGUUGAAAUAACAGUGGGUUUUAAUUUUACCGCAUAAAUACAUUCGAGUACUAUUAUUACAGGCCUGGCAUCAAAUCUAGAAAAGCAAAUGAAAUUGAGUUCAAAGUUGAAUGUCUGUCCUGGACCUACUAGGCAGAAUGUGUAUUUUGCUCACCAUGGGGCCCUUUGAAGGGAACAACAUGACGGAAGAGGUUUCAGUUUUGACUGGGUCCUGUGUGCAGGCUAAGGAAAGUGUUGGCACCUUUCUAGCAAAGCAUCUCUUAAAUUAGGUCCUUCCUAGAAAGGUGGUAGCACUGACUUUCCCUGGCCAGUGGGCAGAUGAAACUUCCUUUUUAGAAAGAGAUUCCUAAUAUAGCUUCUUGUGGUUUAAUUUGCUUUAUUGAUUUGUUUAUGUUUUGAAAGGGAAGGGCAAUGGGAAGGGGAGCAAUGAAUCCAUUUCUUGAUCUGGAGUACAGAAAGUAUCAAAAAGUGGAAUUGCUUUUUUGUGAACGGCAUUACUAGCCAAACCAAUUCUGAGCCUUUCUUUGAAAGAAAAGACUUCCUGCCUUGAGAUUCAUGUCUAAACAUUAUCUUGGAGCGAAUUUUUAUGGUAAAGUUUUAAACCCCCUGCAAAUGAGGUUGGAAACGUGACAGGCCCUUCAUUGCAGUGCCGCUAGAGGGGGCUGCGUAAUCAGAGCCCCCUGUUGUAUUAGGGUAAAACCUGAUACAUGAAAUGGCUAUGGACGUUACUUCAGCGUUUAUCUUCACGUUAAGAAUUUUUUUUUUUUAAAUCAAAUUGUAAAUUAAUUUCAAUAUGUUGCCUUAAGAACCUGCUGAGGAAUGUACCACCACGUUCUCAACAGCAGCUGCAGUGUCUCUGUCCAGAACAUCACUGUUGGCUUAAACCCUUCCUUAAAAAAGGAAAAGGGAGCAGCUUAACCCCUGUCUCCUUCUUGGUUGCCUCCGACCAGUUUGCUUUGCGGAAAGUUCUGUCAGCCCUGCUCAGUGACAAACAUCGACUGCUGUGGUACACGUUCUGAAACUGUCUGAUUUGAAUAUUUUUGUACAUUUUUAUCAAUUAUUAAACCUUGUCUCCUAG